CAAAAGGUGAAUGAUAGAGGUUAAGUUAUUUAUACCUCGUCCUUCGCCCCUCCGAGUUUCUUUGAGCCAGACGUCCUUCCAGCCAAACGAGGAUUCUGAUCAUUCCAAUUAGUUUUCACAAAACCGAUCAACAUGACAGACAAACCCCCCUCCAAGCCUAUCACGGGUAUCCCAACCAAAGAUCCCAAGGGUCGUCCGUACGUCCGCAAAGACAUCGACCUCUGGUAUAAGGAGCAGACCAAACAGGGAGCGGACCGCAUCCAGCUUACCCUUUUCAUCGAGGCACUGGAGACAAUUCAAAAGGCGCCUUUGAGUGACCAGCUCUCUUUCUUUCGUCUGGCAGCCAUCCAUUCUGCCCCAUGGGUCAGUUGGGACGGUGCGCCAGCCCCAAAGAAACCCAACCCAGACGGGAAUGAUGAUGUGAUUCCUGGAUACUGUGUCCACAAUGACUAUACGUUCCCCUCAUGGCAUCGUGUCUACAUGACGAUCUUCGAGCAAGCCAUUUAUGAAACGAUGAUCAAGUUCAUCGACACCCCCGGCAAGGUCCCUGAGGCAAAGAAGGCCACCUGGAGGGAAGAAGCUGGAAAAUGGCGUCUUCCAUUUUGGGACUUUGCCAGGUUCCCGGACCAACCUUCGUCUAUUCCCAAACCAAAUGAAGUUCCUAGCGAGCUCAGACUACCCGUCCUGGCUAUGCUCCCCAAAGUUACCAUUAAUGUGACCACUGCCGAUGGUUCCAACCUCGAGCUCAAAGCCCGAGACAACCCCUUUUACAAGUACACUACCCCGAAGCUUAUGGGCCAAUUGGACCCGGCGGAAUACCGAAUCACUGGGGAGAAAACCUAUGACCACAAUAACGUGUACGAAUAUACACUUCCUUGGGACAAGUGUAUCUCUACUACCAAAUAUGGUAUCUUGGAUAGCUAUGAUGAGUCUGUCUGGGCUGAUGGAGGGCAGAAUUGGCUACGCUCCAACCUAGCCCUCAACGAGCAUGCUUGGUACAAGACACCGGAAGCAAACAAACCAACGCCAGUUCCGACACUGCAAGAGCUAUCCUACCGUUUAUUCAAGUACAACUUCUCAAGCUGGGCUACCUUUUCCACCACCAAGUACGCAAAUGGGCUACCAAAAGGUAAGCCAAAGGAUUGGCUGUCGCUAGAAUUCAUUCACAACAAUAUCCACAAUUGGGUGGGUGGAACAAUGUUUGUUCGUCCUGGGACACAGGAUAUGAAGCUCUGGGGAGCAGGACACAUGGGUAGUGUCUUCAUGGCAGCAUUUGACCCCAUCUUCUGGGUGUACCAUUGUAAUAUCGACCGCUUGACUUCUAUCUGGCAGGUUCUAAAUCCAGAUAAGUACUUUGACGAUGAUGAGAGUAAAAAGCUUUUGAAAAAGCCUUUGACUCCAUUCCACAAAGACGCCAACAGAACGCCCUUCACUUCGUUCGAUGUCCAAGAUUGGCGAACCUUGAACUUCGACUAUGAAAUGACCCAAGGCGACAAUCCCGAUGAAUAUCGAAGUGUGGAGUUGAUCAGCAGCGACAUCGAAAAUCUGUACGGGAGUAAGACGAGGAGCACAUUUGACAAUUUCCAAUUGUAUAAUGGUUAUGAAUAUGUCGUCAACGUUAUAUAUGACCGAUAUGCUCUGAAUGGCGCUCCGUACAAGAUCAAUAUCUUCAUUGGCGACAUGAAGGACGAUGAGUUCCAAGGUCCCGAGUCUAAGAGCUUCGUGGGAAGUAUCUAUAACUUCAGUGCCAACAUCGAGCAGAACGGUGGAGGUAGCUGCCCCAACUGUGUCCAGCAAAAGAAAGAAGGCAUCAAGUCUGUGGCCCAGAUUCCCGCAACCUUGGCAGCCCAGAGUUACCUCAAGGAUAACUCGAACAACAAGGAUAACCCGAACAACAAGGAUAACCCGAACAACAAGGAUAACCCGAACAACAAGGAUAACCCGAACAACAAGGAAAUACCACUAUACUAUGUGGGGGUUGAUCAUUUGGGACAGAGAGUCAGCAUAAAUCCUACUGUUAAGCUUUUUCGUGCUAAAGAACACUUCUUCAUGCCCGAUAUUGGUCGCGGUGGUGAGGACUUCGAAUACGUCGAUGAUGGACAACCCGCGCCUGACAGAGUUGGAUAGGGCUUGGAAGAUGUAGCUGCUUAGAAAUAUGAAGCAGUUAGAGGGUGCAAAUAGCAUAUCUUCCGCCAUUUCUUUGCGAAAGUGCUUCUACUGCAGCUAGACUCUUGCGCGGCCAUCUGCACCUGGCCUUUCAGUUGUAGUAAGAGGAAUGGUCAUGGGAAAAAAAAAAGCUCGCAGUAGGAGUGGUAAAAAUGAUCAAUGUGAAUCAAUACUACCCGUUGAGAAACCUUUAUUCUGUCCCCGGUUAUAUAUAGAUGAGAGCAAACCAUCUUAUCCGUCUGUAUUAUUACGUAUAAAGAACAGGCACACUUUAAGCACACGAAGGUAGAAUCAACAAGCUCAGGAGAGAAAUAAUAUGUCUGACCCAACUGG